AUGCGGUCAUUCUUCCACCGUAUUGAGGAACAAAAGGAAGUCCGUAAGACUACUACGGCAUCAAUAGAAAAAGUACGGCAAUACCUAGUGACAAACAAUUAUAAGUUACUUCGCUAUUUAAUAAAAACUAAUGCCGUUCUGAUGUUACCACAACCCGCUGUUUUAAAGGACUUUCCUUUAUCAAAUGAAUUUAUAAUCUUUCAUUCAAUUUACUUAAACACGUCAACAGGCAAUUUUAUCACACUGAAUGGAGUCUAUGGGAAAAUUGAGAAGUCACAAAUCAAACUAUAUCCGUUUCACGAAGCAUCACAUGAACGACUUACACAGGAACAACUCUCAACUCGGAUGAGCAGUUUUCACGACUUAAAUGUCUCUGCAACUUCAACAUCGAAAAUUGUCGACACGGACAUCUUAGUGGACAGAUCUGAGAUCUUACCAAUCCUCAAUUUGAAGUCACUUUUGUAUUAUGAGACAUGCGCGUGGAUGUGGAGGAGAGGCUUUACAAUGACUUUUAAAGAGAACAAUGAGUUUUCGAUCUAUCGCGAGUUCCAACAAAUUUUAGAUACCAUCCGAAGGGAGACUCCUUCCUUAACAAAAAUAGAGAAGGAAAGUCACACAAAAUACUUCUGCUGGGACUUCGACAAAAACACAAAAAGUUCGAUGGUAAAACAAGAGGAAGAUAUGAAGAAUUUUUAUAUGAAAUUAUUAAUGCCCGAAAGUCAGGACUUAAUCGCUCUGAUUCAAAAUUUCGUGAAGGGCUUCGUCCAGUUGGUCGAAGGAAAAGAAUUUGAAAAACGAAAAAUUUAUAUUAACGAGUGCAUCAAAUUAGCGAAGGAACGUGCUUUAAAAAUUCAUUUGUGGGUGGUCGACUGGGAUGAAAAUGGUUUUGUCAAUAACAUGAAUCGACUCCUUAUUAACAAAUUAUUUAAACAUCUAUGGCCACCCACAAUUUCCUUAUCUGAAAAGAUAUCUUUCGAUAGUAUAGAAAGUGAUUCGUUUUGUUAUACCUUGUCAAAGUCACAUUCAAGGCUAUUGCCCAAGCAUUUUGGGAUUGAUGUCAAUGAGAAUGAACCAGGAAUGAAAGAAGCAAUGAAAAUGCUGUUGAAAGUUGAUAGUGUUUGUACCCCUAUAGAAAAGAUUAUGUAUAUGUUUUGUUCGUUUAAGAUAUUAGAACAAUUAAUUCAUUAUCAUUUUCGAGACAAUGUUAGUGCGGACUUACUGUUUCCGCUCUGUCUAUAUAUCACUUUGAAGUCGGCGUUACCGAAUAUCGACUCGACAAUAUUCUUCAUUGAACAAAUGCAGAUGCAAAUUAACUCGGAAAUGAUGUAUUACUACUGCAAUUUCUUGGCUUGUAAAGAUUACAUCUUGACGCUGUGUUACAAUUCACUCAAAGACACGAUGAGUAUUCAAGAAUAUGAAACGGUAUUUAUGGAAGGGAUGAACAUAUUGAAAUGGCCCAUCCCAAAGACACUUCUCGUCCCUCAAAAAAUGACUAUUCAAAAAGUGACCAAAUUCGUUAAUCAGUCCAGCGCUGUCCAAAGUGAGGAAAUUUCAAUUCAGUAUUACUUGUCACUGCCACCAGACGAACUCACAUCAGAAGACUUGCCUAAUGUACUCCACUUACUCCAAGACUCAUAUGCUGAAGCAACUUAA